AUGCUCAUGAUGUGGAAGCCAUGGCAGGGGAAAGAGGACCUGAAGCAAAGGGAACAAACAUGGGAAAGAGCCUAUGCUGAAUUCGAAGAGAGUCAGCCCGGAAUGGAACGCAUCGCAUCCAACAUGCAAUAUCGGUACGAGUGCAAGGAUGCAGCAGAUCGAGACCAAGACUAUGCAAGACAAUUCAGUGGAAGGCAAGGCAAUGAAGGAGGAAAUGUGGAAAGUGAUGAAGAGGAUGGAGAAGAUGACAGAGAGGAGGAAGGUGGAAACACAAGAAUUGAGGGGCAAAGCAUGGAUGAAGGAGAUGAAAGGGAAUUGCGACGAUUCAUUGCCACAUGCAAGCUGACCGAAGAGGACACGAUAACAUGGGAGUCAUGCAAGGAAACGAUACGACUAGCUGAGCACAAAGACGUGGCACAGUUCAAUGCAUGGUCGUUGGCGAUGGCACAGAAUCAUGUUGCAGAGGAAAGUGGAGAAGGAAUGCUCACACAAACAAUGGCAGUGACAACUUUGGAAGAAGCGCUGAACGGAAUGCAUGAGAGGAGCAACGAUUUUAUGUGGCAGACAAUUGAAAUGCUGACAGAAAGCAGCAACGCAUCCAAUGAUGUAGACGUCUCAAGCCUACAUGAAGAUCAGCUUUGUGCGUACGCAAUGGUAACACAUCACCUUGAAGCGAGGAUUCGCAGAGAGGACGCAGAACAAUUGCUGAUGCUCCUGACUGGGGAAGGUGGGACAGGGAAGUCGCAAGUGAUUCACAGUAUUCAGCAAUACUUCAAGAGCUGUGGCAUGGAAGGGAAAUUGGCCCUGGGUGCAUACACAGGAAUUGCUGCCAGUCUCAUAGGAGGGAAGACGCUUCAUGUGUUGUUUGGAUUGAUGGCUCAACGGUCAGGGAAGCCAGGUGUCAGGGCAUACACCCUGACCUAG